ACGGUCGAAUUACAUUCCACUCCAUUCCUGUGCCCAGACGCAGAGAGAUAGUGUGUGUGUGUGUGUUUGUCAUAGUCAUACCCAAGACAAUGAGGAAGAGAACGACAAAGCAAAGACCGAAAAAGCCCGAAACGAUGUGGCAAAGGACGGCAAAGCGAAGACCGGAAAAGCUCAAUCCCCCUCGAGAAGAAGAGGGAGAUGGAAAUGAACAAGAAGACAAGAGCAAAGAAGGAAAAGGGUUUUACGCUUGCUAUCUCUUGACUUCUCUUUGCCCUCGCUUCAAAGGCCACACCUAUAUCGGAUUUACAGUGAAUCCACGGCGCCGAAUCAGGCAACACAACGGUGAAAUCACAAGUGGAGCUUUUAGAACCAAGAAAAGGCGGCCAUGGGAAAUGGUCUUCUGCAUUUAUGGUUUUCCAACUAAUGUAUCUGCUCUUCAGUUUGAAUGGGCAUGGCAACAUCCAACAGAAUCAGUGGCAGUGAGGCAAGCAGCAGCAACUUUUAAAUCAUUCUCCGGAGUAGCUAAUAAGAUUAAACUUGCGUACACAAUGCUUAACCUUCCAGCUUGGCAGGGCUUGAAUAUCACUGUCAAUUAUUUCUCAACAAAAUACUCAAGCCAUUCUGCUUCUAGCCCAAGCUUGCUGGAACACAUGAGGAUCCGUGUUUGCCCCAUUGAUGAACUUCCCUGCUAUACUGAAACAAAUGAGAGUUUGUUUGAAGGUGAAGAUGCUGAAGAUAGAUUUGAUGACACAGAAGAAUAUGAGAAUACUACCAAUAUAAGUGAAACCUUGAACAUGAACGUCAUGGAUCUUCAAGCUUACUCAACAGAGGAGUUCCCAUGCUAUAAUAGAGAUGAAGAGACUUCAUUUGAAGGUGAAGGCAGCAAAGUUAGCAAAGAGAAUGAAAAAGACAGCUCAACAAAAUAUGCAAACCAUUCUGCUUCUAGUCCAAGCUUUCGAGAACAGGUGAAGAUCCGUGUUUGCCCCAUUAAUGAACUUCCCUGCUAUACUGAAACAAACGAGAGUUUGUUUGAAGGGGAAGAUGCUGUAAAAAGAUUUGAUGACAAAGAAGAAUAUGAGAAUACUACCAAUAGAAGUGAAACCAUGAACAUGAAUGUGAUAGAUCUUCAAGCUUACUCCGCAAAUGACUUCCCGUACUAUAAUCGAGUGGAGGAGAUUCUGUUUGAAGGAGAAGGAAGCAAAGUUCGCAAAGAGGAUGAAGAAGACUGCGAUAGUGGUAACACUAGUAGGACAGCAAAAGAAACACAUGCAGAUACAAUUAUUCAAAUUUCUUCAAAUAAUGCAACUUCUCAUGAAGAAACCAGACAGUUUGAAGAAUAUAGUAAUAUGCAGCAAAGUUUGAGGAGUAUUUCUUCAUUCUUUCUUCCUACCCUGGAAGAAGAUCAUAUGCAGCCAUCUGUUUCUAUCAAUUCAGUAGUGGGAACAGCACUUACUGGAUUUUCCAUGGAAGAGAUGUUGGUGAACAACACUGUUCCUGAAUUGGAUUGGCUGAAUGGGAAAGAAUAUACAGGUAAAUCUGAUAAAGAUCUGCAACCAAUACACAGUUAUACUGUUCCGGAUGAAAUCGAGGUUAUAGAUUUGUUGUCCCCAUCUCCAGAAUGCAGAAUCAGGGCAAGCAGAAAGAAAAGAAGAGUUUCUAUUGUUUGUCCUGAGAUCAUUGACUUGACAUAAUUAACAGUCUGUCUUUGUUUAUCCAAUUACUGAGCAUUGGACAGGAUAAACGAGUAACAAAUGAGAUCAUUUACUCAAUGCAAUCUCCUUAGUUCGUCCAAUUAUUGAGUGUUGUAUAUGUAGGAAACUGAUAAUGGGAAUAAUAGAAAUGAAGUAUUUAAAUUUGUUCAAUUUGCA